CUUGGCGGUUAGCCUAACUUCGCUUAGUUUCAUUUAGAGUCGACAGGUCAGUCGUGAGUGUACAAGUGCUGUGUUAACACAUCUGAUCAAUUUCUUUUGUUUAUAUUUAUUUUACAUCAUUAAUGCAUCUUUUUUAAACGAUCAACUUUUAAGAAAAGUCGACAGUAUUCACAAUGCAGAGUUAUCGACCAAUCACCAUCCUGCUCUGUUUUUUCUUCUCUUGGGAUCGAUUGAUGUUUCAACCAAUCAAUGCUAUCGGUAAUCUACGGGUAGCCUAUCAAUGGAAAGAGAUCGAAUAUGAUUGGCCGAACGACGACGUACAAAAAUUAUUUCCGGAUUAUAAUCGGGAAGAUAAUCUUCCAUUGGGUUUGGAUAUUUCCGAUAACAGGAUUUUCGUGACUGUACCAAGAUGGAAACGAGGAGUUGCUGCUAGUUUGAAUUAUAUCAAUCUUAAUGAUACACGAGAAUCACCACCAUUUACAGCUUACCCAUCGUGGGAAGCUCACCAAUUUGGAAAUGGGGGUGGAAUACCGGAAUUGGUAUCACCAUUUCGAUUAAGGGUAGAUCGUUGUUCGAGACUUUGGGUUCUCGACACGGGAUUGGUUGAUAUUAUGGGUAAUCCAGAACAAAGAGUACCACCUACCCUUGUCAUUUAUGAUUUAAAUGAUGACAAAUUGUUGAGAAAAUUUGUUAUACCUAGUGAUCAAAGAACAGCUGAUUCUUUCUUUGCUAAUAUCGCGGUUGAAGAUUAUAAUUGCGACGAUGCUUAUGGUUAUCUCGGUGACCUUGGUGCACCAGGUUUAGUCGUUUAUUCUUGGAAACUUGAUAAAUCAUGGCUGGUUAAACAUCACUUCUUCCAUCCUGAUCCUAAAGGCGGUAGUUUCAACGUAUCCGGUGUAUUAUUCGUAUGGACAGAUGGAAUAUUUGGUAUGGCAUUGGAACCAACUCAAGAUGGAUACAGUACACUUUAUUUUCAUCCGUUAUCCAGUACAAUGGAAUUUUCAGUUAGCACUAAACUUCUACGAGAUCCCGAACGUGUUAAUACACCUGAAAGUUUUCAUGAAUUUCAACCAAUCGGUUCACGCGGAUCGAACGGUCAAAGUAGUGUCAGUUUUAUUGAUCCUAAAACAGGCGUCAUGUUUUAUGCAUUAACUAAUUUCAAUGCUAUUGCUUGUUGGAGACCUAACAAAAUGUUUAAUUUAAGAGAACAGGGUGUUGUUUAUGCUGACAACGUUACUAUGAUAUUCCCCAAUGAUCUGAAA